UCCAAUUCUCAAGCAAACAAAAAACCUAAAACUCAAACACAGUCCCUCGUCUGCUCAAAGAGCCACGCGCACAGAGUCGCAGUUUUUUUGUGGUCGUAGCUAACAAUGGAGGCCGUGGAAAAUGACCAAAGCGCCCUCGAAAACCCCCCGGAUCCCGCCCCCACCCCCCUUCAACAACCUCUCUCGAAGAGCGCCCAGAAGAAGCUACUGAAGCAACAGAGGUUCGAGGCGAAGAAAGCGGAGAAGAAGGCCCUAACGAAGCAGCAAAAGAGGCAAGAUUUGGAGCGGAGGCGAAAGGAGUGGGAGGAGACUUUGGCCAGCGUAACCGAAGAGGAGCGAUCGAAGCUCAUCGAGUCCCGCAGGAGCCUGAGGAAGGAGAGGAUGGAGAAGAGGUCGGAGGAGAGAGGGAGGAAGAUCGAGAGGCUCACUGGAGCCAGAGAUUGGGGCCAGAAGAUCGUCAUAGACCUCGACUUCGCUCACCUCAUGACCCCCACUGAGAUUCACAGUCUCGUUCAACAGAUUAUGUAUUGUUAUGCGGUGAAUGGAAGAUGCUCUAGCCCUUGCCAUCUCUGGUUAACGGGGUGCGAGGGAGAAAUGGGAAGCCAAUUGCAAAGACUCCCGGGGUUUGAUAAGUGGAUAAUUGAGAAGGAAGAUCGAUCAUAUAUUGAAGCAUUAGAAGAUCAAAAGGAAAGCUUGGUGUAUCUCACGGCCGAUGCAGAAACUGUUCUCGAGGAACUUGAUCCCAAGAAGAUAUAUAUUGUUGGUGGGUUAGUGGACCGUAAUCGGUGGAAAGGGAUAACCAUGAAGAAAGCAAAAGAGCAAGGAAUCCAGACAGCGAAGCUCCCGAUUGGGAGUUACUUGAAGAUGUCAAGUUCCCAGGUCCUAACUGUGAACCAAGUGAUAGAGAUACUCCUCAAGUUUAUGGAAACAAAGGAUUGGAAAGUUUCUUUUUUUCAAGUGAUUCCUCAAAGGAAAAGACCUGAAGCUGAUUCAGAAGGAUAUCAGAAAGUAGAAGGGGAAGAAAAGGAAGAGAAAGAUGACCAAUUGGAUUCAAAAAAGAAGUGUAUUGAAGUCCCUUCCUAGUUCUUAACUUGAAAUUUGAAUUUGUUCUAUAUGUUUCCCCAGGAAGAAGUGGAUUUGUAAAAGCGAAAAUUCAAGCUGAGGUUCAAAA